AUUUGGAAGUUUAUGAUUAGAUUACAAAAUAAAAAUAUUAUUUAACUAGUUUUUAACACGGAACUCAUUUUAAUGUUGAAUUAAAUUGUAAAAAACGAACUCGACAACAAUGCAACAAUAAGCGGCCAUGAUGAGGUCACCUUAAAAUGUGAUACACCAAAUAAUCGAGGAAAUAAAUUAGUUUGGCCCAAAUUUCGACAGUAACAACUGGUUUUUAGAAACUUUUAGAAGUUUUGAUGGCAAUUUUGCAGGGUGGAAGAUGUUCUGGUCCAGCUGGGGUGACUGACAACUGUCAAAAUGCAUUGUCCGGAGCAUCGUCAGCUCUUUUUCUAAUGAUGAUCAAUUCCCUGUUUGGAAAAAAGUGUUCGUUUCUUAAAGAAUCCGACUUUCCACCUGAUUUGAGUUACCAACAACUACAUGGUAAAGUAUUUGACUUUAUUGUGGUGGGUGCGGGGUCAGCAGGUGCCAUUGUUGCAAGCAGACUGAGUGAAAACCCCAAAUGGACGGUGUUGUUACUGGAAGCUGGUGGUUAUCCACCGGUUGACGCACAAAUUCCUGGUGUGUUCGUUAGUAUGCAAAGUAAUCCCCUGUACGAUUGGGAAUAUUUAACAGAAAAGUCGAAUACUAGUUGUAUGGGCAUGCGAAAUGGCAACUGUAUCUGGAACAGAGGAAAAAUGCUCGGGGGAUCGUCAUCCCUCAACGCCAUGAUGUACAUUCGUGGUAACCCUGUAGACUAUGAUGAAUGGGCUGAUAUCACCGAUGAUCCCAACUGGAAAUGGGAUAAUGUCCUGAGAUAUUUCAAAAAAUCAGAAAACGUGCGUUAUCCUCCUCUGAGAGAGUCAGAAGUAAGAGGAAAAGAUGGUCCAUUACACACUACGAAAUACAUUGCUGGUAAUCCCAUGCGUCCGAGGAUAAUCUCAGCCUAUGAAGAACUAGGGUACCCUAUGCAACCGGAUGAGGUACCAGUAGGAUUCUUCGAGACCACAAUGUCCAUUGAUGAAUUCGGACGUAGAGAAAGUUCAGCCAAAGCAUUCCUCACUGAUGGUAGACAUCGAAGUGACCAGGAAGAGAAUAAUCCAAACUCACCACCUAAAAGGAAGAACCUAUUCAUAGCUCCCAACUCACAUGUAAUGAAGGUACUCAUCAAAGACGGCAAGGCCUACGGGGUCAAAGCAAAAGUAAACAGAAAAGAGGUUAAUAUCAUGGUUAGAAACGAGGUUAUAGUAUCAGGCGGAUCAAUCAACUCACCACAAAUCCUACAACUAUCAGGUAUAGGCCCAAAAGAAGACCUAGAAAAGCUUAAAAUCCAGUUGGUAAAGGACUUACCAGUAGGGAAGAACCUCCAAGACCAUUUCGCCUCCUGGGGAAUCAUCGUGCGUGCUGACAGCGCCACCUCACCAACCCCUACUGAAGCAGAUGAAAUCCGCACGACUUUUGAUUACUUCAAUAACGGCACAGGUCCUUUAGCUACCAUCUCAAUCAACAACAUGUUACUCUUCAAUGAUCCUCUUGAUAAUAACGAGGACAUCGCGACCAUCGAAUGGUUAAUCCGUGAAUUCCCUGCGAACAGCACACAAAUCAAAAACUUCUACACCAACAACGGAUUCAAUCAAGAAUCCAUCGAUGACAUUGUACGUCUUAACAAAAACCAAGUGCUAAUCUCCCUUAACCCUAUUCUACUACGUGCUGAAAGUAUAGGUUAUGUCAAACUCCCAUCCAACAAUCCGUAUCAAAAAGUGCAAAUACACACCAACUACCUAACUAAAGAUAAAGACUUAAACACGAUGUUAGCCGCGAUUGACUACGUAAAGAAAAUCAUCGCCACCGAAGCAUUCACAGAGGUUAACUCUGCGUUAUUACAAUACAAACUCCCUGGCUGUGAUAACCUAACCUAUGAUACACGUGAUUACUGGGAGUGUUUACUACGCAACGUUGGGAGUACAAUGUAUCACCCAGUGGGGACUUGUAAAAUGUCAAGCGAACAAGAUGGCGGCGUGGUUGACAGCCGCUUGCGCGUUCACGGCGUCAAAAGUCUACGCGUAAUCGACGCUGGUAUAAUGCCGUAUAUAGUCAGAGGUAACACCAAUGCAGCCGCCAUGAUGAUUGGUGAACUGGGCGCUGAUCUCAUCAAAGAAGAUUGGAACUAUCCAACUAAUACAAUAUAAAUAUAAAUAUAAAUAAAUAUAAAUGGUUCUUGUUUAAAUCUUAA